CCCCCCUCUCUCUCUCUCUAAAUAUCUAACACCACCUCUCUCUCUCUCUCUCUCAAACUCAAGAGAAAAGAAUCUCUCUUUCUUUCUCUUUCUAAAACAUACAGUAACACAACACACUAACCCACCAUCAUCACCAUCAUCCAUAGCAAGAACACAAAAAAAAAAAAAAAAACCCUCUUCUUAUCUUCUCUUCCUCUUGCUAACUGCCCUUUAGCCUCCACUCCUUUUUGUUUCUUUUCUUUGUUUCUUGCUCUUUAUUGUAUUAUAUAUAUAUAUAGCAAGCAAGAAGCAACCCUAGCUAAUAAACAAAACCAUAUAGAUAAAUAUACAUAUUUUUUGGAGUCAUGACUCUUGAAGACUCUCUAAGAUCUCUAUCUUUAGACUAUCUUAACCUUCUUAUCAAUGGCCAAGCUUUCUCUGAUGUAACUUUCAGUGUAGAGGGUCGUUUAGUUCAUGCUCACAGGUGUAUUUUAGCAGCAAGAAGUUUGUUUUUCAGGAAGUUUUUUUGUGGACCUGAUCCACCAUCUGGGCUAGACCCAUCCGGGUCCAGGAUAAACACGGUUGGAUCACCAGGUUCGAGGUCUAAUGUGAUACCAGUUAACUCAGUGGGGUAUGAGGUGUUCUUGUUGCUGUUACAGUUCUUGUAUAGUGGACAAGUCUCUAUUGUGCCACAAAAACAUGAGCCAAGGCCUAAUUGUGGUGAGAGAGGGUGUUGGCAUACACAUUGCACCUCAGCCGUUGAUCUUGCUCUUGACACACUUGCUGCCGCUAGAUACUUUGGUGUUGAACAGCUUGCAAUGCUCACUCAGAAGCAAUUGGCUAACAUGGUAGAGAAGGCCUCAAUUGAAGAUGUGAUGAAGGUGCUGAUAGCUUCAAGAAAACAAGAUAUGCACCAACUUUGGACCACUUGCUCACAUCUUGUGGCCAAAUCAGGCCUACCACCAGAAGUCCUAGCUAAACACCUUCCAAUUGAUGUUGUGGCCAAAAUUGAAGAACUACGCCUCAAAUCAUCUAUUGCUCGAAGAUCACUAAUGCCCCACCAUCACCACCAUCUCCACGAUCUUACCUCAGCUGCUGAUCUCGAGGACCAAAAAAUUCGAAGAAUGAAAAGGGCGUUAGAUUCAUCUGAUGUUGAACUAGUCAAGCUUAUGGUAAUGGGAGAAGGCCUCAAUCUUGAUGAAGCACUGGCUUUACAUUAUGCUGUCGAGAAUUGUAGCCGGGAAGUGGUCAAAGCCUUGCUUGAGCUUGGUGCAGCUAAUGUUAAUUAUCAGGCAGGGCCGGCAGGGAAAACUCCUCUUCACAUUGCAGCAGAAAUGGUGUCACCAGAUAUGGUUGCAGUACUUCUUGACCAUCAUGCUGACCCUAAUGUUAGAACCGUUGAUGGAGUCACCCCUCUUGACAUUCUUAGAACCCUAACCUCAGAUUUCUUGUUCAAGGGGGCAGUCCCGGGUCUAGCCCACAUGGAGCCCAACAAGCUUAGGCUGUGUCUUGAGCUAGUUCAAUCCGCAGCUAUGGUUCUUUCACGCGAAGAAGGGAAUGUGAAUGCUACUUCAACCCUUAUUUAUCCAUCAAUGAGUGAUGAACAUAAUACAAGCAGCAGUGGUAGUAAUCUUGCUAACUUGAACCUUGAUUCAAGGUUGGUUUAUUUGAAUCUUGGAGCUGCUGGUUCAGGUCAAAUGGGAUCAAGGAUGGAUGAAGAGGACGAUAGUAACCACAACAACCAGAGAGAUCAUCAUGCAAUGAGUCGACAUGAUCCAACAAUGUACCACCAUCACUCUCAUGACUUCUAGCUAGUUCCAAGCCUACCUAAGUUCUCUUUUUAAAUUAUAUAGCCAUGACGGAGGAUCGGGAGAGAUGGGCUUCAUGAAAGUUCAUGAAGAUUAUUAUUGGAUUAUAUUUAUAUA